AUGUCUUCUACAGCAACUGCAUUACAAUCCUUUCGGGUUUCCUGUCCUAGAAACACUCUGCUCAUGUCUGCUGUUUUAUUCUGGAUAUUUUGUGUCGACCGUGCCCUUGCAACCUCCGACGGUCACCAGUUGAACCUCCAACAUGACAAGCCAAAGGCUCCAACUAAACAGAACCAAGGCAUUAUUAUUCCACUCAUGACCUUCUUGUCCAUUGGAUUGGUAUGCUUGCUGGUCUUUUGCAUUGUCCGUACUUGCUUCUUGGACAUUUAUUCUCCCCGACGAGUAUUGACCAGAGGACGGCCUCCCAAGCUCAAAAAGGGACUCUUUUCAUGGAUUCCAGUUGUAUUCUCAACCAAUGAGACAGUCCUGAUCAAUACUGUGGGACUCGAUGGUGUCAUGGCAAGCGUUGGUAUUCUGGCACCAACAAACUACUAUGCACACCCACCACGACUUGGAAAUGCCACAGGAUAUAAGCUGGAGGAUUUGAUUCUUCCAGCACUUUCUGUUGAUAAUGUACCCAACCAAUCCUUUUAUCUGCGUGUUCAUUUGAUCUUUACUUGGGUGUUUUCAUUGCUUACACUUGGCUACCUUGUUGCAUUUUAUCGUGGAUAUGUUCUUUUGAAACUCCAGUACGAUGAAUAUGCAUUACGGCAAACCAAGAUGAGUAAGAUUGAAAUGAGAUCGGUAAUGGUGUUUGGAAUACCUAGCGAAUUGCGUAAUGAGGUCGAUUUGGCAUCCUAUUUUGAAAACCUUGGAGUGGGAAAUGUAGAAAACGUUGUUUUGUGUAGAAACUGGUCACAUUUGCGAAACAAUAUUCAAAAGCGUGCAUACUAUCUCAACAAACUUGAAACUGUGUUUUCCCAACUAUCCAAACGAAGUGUUGCACUCGAACAACCUUCAGUUUUUAAAUCGAUCAUCCAAAAUGCCCUUUCGUGCUGCAUUCCACACUCUCCCACACCACGUAGGCAGUUUCAGCGACGAGACAUGUUUCGUGGAAAUAGUGCAGUUCGCGUUGCUGCACAACUGUCAUCCGAACAGUCUCCUUUACUCACUCGACGCGCCUUUGGCUCAAACGAUGCCAUUGAUCCAAGUGUAUUCGAAGUACUAUCACGUAUUGAUGCCAUGAAUCCAAAAUGGCGUCCUCAGCACCGUACUGGGUUUUUGGGAUUAUUUGGACCGCUUGUAGACUCUGCCGAGUACUAUGCUGCCGAAUUCAAUAAAUGUGAUCGACAAGUAGCUCGAUACAGACGCAUCCCAGAACGGUCUGCACCAACUGCUGUUGCCAUUGUCACGUUUGAAUCUCCACUCAGCGCUACUUUGGUUUCGCAGUGUCUUGUACAGCGGCGUGCAUUUGCAUGCAUGACUAAAAUGGCACCAGAACCUCGCGAUAUCUACUGGCCUAAUCUGUCCUCUAAAACGGCAAGCAGUCACACCAAACUGGUUAGAGGCCUACUGGUCGUUGGAAGUUUGUUUUUGUUGGUAUUUUCAUCCACAUUUGUCGUAUCCAGUAUUGCUGGGUUGAUAGAUCUAGAGCAGCUGGCGGUAUAUAUUCCUGUCCUUGGAGCAGUGCUUAAGGAUCUACCUGAUACUUGGAUCCAGUUUAUUCAAGGUGUUAUUCCUGCCAUGCUCCUCACUCUUUGGACAUCGCUCCUACCUACUCUUCUUCUUUUUCUAAGCCAAGCACAAGGUUUAGAGGCGGCGAGCUGGAUUGAAAUGUCUUUGUUGACCAAAUAUUUUUUUUAUCAGCUGUGGAACAUUCUUUUUGUUACAGUGUUUGCGAGAACGCUGGUGUACGAGAUUAUUCCAAAUCCACAAAAAGUGAUUGAAUUGCUUGGACAAAUGGUGCCCAAGGCAUCAACUACUCUGAUAAACUAUGUGAUGCUGCAAGGUGCAGCAGUUUAUCCUGCGCAGCUUUUGCUAGCCGCACCACUGAUUUUGACAUGGGUAUCUCGGUUUUCGCCUUGGUCGCGAGAUACUCCGCGACAAGUUUCCAAUGCCUACUAUCCAUCAAUUCUUACUUGCAUUAAUUAUGGAAUUGUAUAUCCUGGGCCCAUCAUGAUAUUUGUUAUUGGGAUUGUUUAUGCACCCAUUUCACCGCUUAUACUCCCAUUCUGCUCGCUAUUUUUUGCUAUGGGGUAUUUCAUCUACAAGUAUAUGUUGAUGUAUGUGCACUUGCCACGGUAUGAGUCUAAAGGGGUUGCUGCUCGAUUGGCUGUCAAUCGCUGUUUAGUUGGACUAGUCAUUAUGCAGUUUACAAUGAUGGGACUUCUUGGAAUUAAAGCAUCCGGAGAUGGGAAUAUUGGAAAACAUUAUUUUAACACGAUCGGCUCGGUUCAUUCUGCUGCCGACGGACCUACUCCAUGGUCAGCUUAUGCACAAAUGGUAAUAGGUGUCCUUCCCCUGCCUUUUAUCACCAUUUUUGUGUACGGAUGGUUGAAUAAUGGAUACGCCCAGCAGAUUCUUCAUAUUCCAUUGGAGAUUCUUGGAAAAAUAGCAAACGAAUUGAUGCGUGAAGUUUCAUUGCAAACCCCUGAUACUGCUGUAAACAGCCACACGGAUACCCAUACUGAUCUCAAUGGAAACCUUUACGGUAAUUUGAAUCAAAACAGUAACAGUAUUAGAGUAUCAACCAUGCCACAUGGGAUGAGCAGUAUGGCGAGUAGCCGAGGGCAUUUUGGACGCGAAUUAAGUGACAUUUCUCCACGUCGCCCGCAUACGCUACAAACUCAACCCCAUGAAAAUAAUGCAAGGCCGUUUGUUGGUAACAGUGUAGACCGACCUUUUUCCAGUAUCUCCCAACAAGGACCAGUUGUGUCUGUACAGAAUGCAUCAUCUGACCAACCCUCUACAGCAGCCGAUGUGAAUUCAUCUACUGACAGUUUGACCGAUUUCCAUACAUCUCCUGAACGAUCGACCUUUACUUCAAUGGGUAAUACAUUGAAUAGAAAAAUAUCCACCAUGUCUAUGCAAACGGGACGAUUUAGCUUGUUUGAAGAAAGUCCCAAUGAGCCCUCUCCAUUCAACUCUGCAGCAGUCAAUGCACCCGAAUCUGGUGUUGCAGUGCCUCAUGAUAUAGAGUCGCAUCAUUUUCUAGAUCUGGAUCAAGAAGAGUGCAUAUCAUUGGGUAUUCAUCUUGAGCCCCCAAUGACUCGUGUACCCGGUAUUUUGGAUGCGCCGGUUGAAGCAGCGAGUUCGAUUUUACGAUAUGGUGACGAGAUUGAUUUAGUGAAUCGAGAGCGACGUGGGAAUGGACCCGACAACGAUCCCAUGCUGGAUGAUUUGAAUAUUCAUACGUACAUCCAUCCAGCACUUGUGGGAAAGCUACCCAUUGCGUGGCUUCCUGGUCGACAGCAACCAUCUAGACUAUCAGAGCUUCGUGAUGAACAGACACGGAACCAACGUGAAGUAUGGCGACGACUGGUAUUUAAGCAGCGUGUAGGAGUGCGUGCAGCUGGCAGUGGAUCAUUACAGCGAGAAAGCAGUGAUGAUGACAUGUUUGAUGGACGUGAUAUUAGGGGUAUGACCACCAACGACGCCCUGCUUCAGUCUCGAUAUGGUGAUGAUGAAGCCAAUGGACCUGCUUUGGGACGUAUUCGCAGUUUUAUAGAUGGAUUUACUAGUUGGAUGCAUUUGACCAUGUCAUAAUGCCAGAUUCAUUGCAUGUUUUUCUACCUGUUUUAUAUUUGAAUAAAAUAAUGCUUCAAGUGUA